ACACGCAGGCACGGGUAUUCUUGAGGGCACAAGGGGGAAUACAAAAUCAACGAGUGACAGGAAAUCAUGCCCAGUGGAGAGUCAACCAUUUGUUAUCAUCCCGCCACGCUACGAAAGGACGGGUUUACGGCGUGGCGACAAUGUCACCGCAGCAGUCUUCGACGGUAUUCGAGAAAUGGAGGACAAUGACUGGACCGGCCACCAUAGCGGCGAUGGGGACCAAAAUGAGGGUAUGAUGCUGAAUCGCAUGGAGGCUGUCAUGGAUGAGGUGGAGAAGUUGCGAAAUUUGAACGGGGCAUUGACGUUGGAGCUGCAGCUCGCAGAGAAGAAGUUGGUCAUCCGCCAUGAACGCAUUGAAACCCUUAAACACGGUCUGCGGCAAGAGUGUGCGGCAAAACAGGAGCUGCAGCGAACACUGGAAGCUGAACGGGUUUGUCAUCAAGCCCAGCUUCAGGACGCACGCAACGAUGCUCUUCACUGGCGACAGCUAUACGAUGAUCUGCUUAAUAACUCUCACACCCGCAGUAGAAAACAUAACGGGAGGCACCGUAAUGAACACAGGAGCAGCACACCAACGCUAGAAGCCGCGCUGACGUCACGGGAACCCAGUUCACUUGCAGACUCCCCCGUUGCCAUGGGCCAUGGGAUUAUCGUGAAGCCGAUUCGCGGUGGGGGACAAAAGGAGUUGAACUGA